AUGUUUUCAGAGUCAACAAUUCCAUGGGGCAUCAUCGCCGUCCCUGCCUUCAUCCUGGCCUUGCCGCGACUCUUGGCUGUCCUCCCUCAAAAGAUUCAAUUUGUGACCAAGUGUUGUGUCGUCCUCAUUGCAACCUUUAUCAUGUCGAUCGUCGGAUGCUUUGUCUCCAUCGUCUUUGCGCUUCUCAACAGAAGACAUGAGACCAACUUUGUGGUCGCCCGGAUCUUUUCCUUCAUCGCAUCUUAUCCCUGUGGUGUGACCUUCAAGAUUGUUGGAGAGGAGCAUCUGGAAAAGUACCCUGCCAUCGUUGUCUGCAACCACCAGAGUUCGAUGGAUAUGAUGAUUCUCGGACGAGUCUUCCCAAAGCACUGCGUUGUCAUGGCCAAGAAAGAGCUUCAAUACUUUCCUUUCCUCGGUAUCUUUAUGACCCUGAGCAAUGCAAUCUUUAUUGACCGCAAGAACCACAAGAAGGCCAUUGAAUCGACCACCCAAGCCGUUACCGACAUGAAGAAACACAACUCUGGCAUUUGGAUCUUCCCUGAAGGAACCCGCUCUCGUUUGGAAACGGCCGAUCUGUUGCCAUUCAAGAAGGGUGCUUUCCAUUUGGCGAUCCAAUCUCAGCAGCCCGUCAUGCCCAUCGUUGCCGCAGGAUACUCGCACAUCUACGACUCUGCCAACCGUUCGUUCCCUGGAGGAGAGCUGGAGAUCAGAGUUCUGGAACCUAUUCCCACCACUGGAAUGACUGCUGACGACGUCAACGAAUUGAUGGAGCGGACGCGCGCUGUCAUGCUCGAGAACUUGAAGAAGAUGGACCACUCUGUCGAGUCUCCCUCAGGUUCCACUGGAUCCACGACCGCUGUUUCAGAAGGCAAAACCGACGAAGGAUUGAAGCAGAGACGGGCAGCCAAGGAGUAA